AUGGCAAAUGAGGUGUCUGCAGAGACACUGCCUGUAGAGUCUUCCCUCUUCUCCCGCAGCAGCACCGGCAGCAGCAGCAGCAGCAGCAGCAGCGGCAGCAGCGGCAGCAGCAACACGGUCCUGGAGGUUCUCCCCGUGCCGCAGCCAUCGGAGGUGGGGCCCCGCAACAGUGGGGGGGGGCCCCAAGAUGGGCCCCAUUUGGGGGGCCCCUCUUGGGGCCCCCCUCCGUGGGGGCCCCCCAUGCUUACUUGGGGGCUCCCCUACCAAGGGGGGCCCCCAAUAGCAGCAGGAGGGGCCCCCCCCGAGAGGCUGCAUGAACCCAUGCAGCAUGGGGGCCUCCCUCCCUCCUUGCGGCUGUCUUCGCAGCGGUGCCUCAUGCUGCAGGGGCCCCAACAGCAGCAGCAGAAGCAGCAGCAGCAGCAGGAUGAUGGGGCCCCUGUAGCAACAGAUGCAGAUAGUUUGCAUGCAUGCCACACUAACUCUACACAACUUUGCAUGCAGCAGCAGCAGCAGAAGCAGCAGCAGCAGCAGCAGCAGGGGCACCAGCAGCUGGGGACAUCGACAAUGACCCCGUCUGAAGCAGCAGCUGCUGCUGCUGCAGCAACAGCAACAGCUGCAGCAGCAGCAGCAGCUGCUGCUGCUGCUGCUGUCUCCGCCAGCUCCCCACAGAAUGCUGCAUGCGUCAGCAGCAAUUUGCUGCCGGGCCCCACAUUAGAGGAGACCUCCUCUCAGGAGACACUUAAGCCAGUGUCCCUUUUCAGCAGCAGCAGCAGCAGCAGCAGCAGCAGCAGCAGUAGCAGUAGCAGCAGCAACAUCGGUGCCAACAGCAGCAGCAGCAGCAGCAGUAGGCUGUUAGUACAUGUCCUGCCUCGUAAAACAUUCCGAUAUGCCGCCGUCGUGCUGCUCCUUGCGCGUUGCUGCCCUUAG